GCUGCUGCAGAGAGCUGUCAAAAGCGGCCGAUGCAAAACCGGCGCGUGCACAGCCGUGGAAAGAAACGCAAGAGGCGGCAUCAUUUUUUUGUGGAACUUUAGUUUACCUACAGUUUAGUUUAGUAAGAUAAUCGCGCAACAGAAAACUGUAACGGAACCAUGUCGUCGGACAUCAGUCUAGAGCUGGUGAAUGUGUUGCCGUACACACGCGAGCAAAGUACCGCCGCUGCCGACGGCACCGACACGGAAGAGAAACGAGGCGUACUGGAACGGAAUGGGAUUACCUGGUACGCCCGUGGUUCCGUGCUGGAGGUGUUCAACGUAAACUCCAGCUUUAAGGUUAUUUCACACAAUUUUCAUCCAUGCACCAGCAAAUCCAAACCCUGUACGGUUGAAUGUGUCGAAGAAGUAGAAUCCGUGGGGUGUGCGCUUCUUGCCGUGGGACUGCGGCUCGGCAGCGAGCAGUCCCAGAUAGUGUUCCUCUCCGUGCGUGGUGGCCGGGAAGUGGGACGCAUCGAUGUGCAGGAGGAUGUAAAGCUGCUGCGCUACAUGGAUCCUAGCUCUUGUUCCAUCGGGCUGCUGAGCAAGUACCAGGGCUGUCUGGCUGCCGGAACCGAGGAUGGCAAAGUGAUUUUGAUCGAUCUCUGCCUGAGGCGGUUAAGCAAUGGAUUUGGCAGGGAAGUUGCAAUGAAUGAUCCCGGAAAGCGGCAGUGUCACAUCGAGUUUUCGCGCGGAUCUCUAAAGCAGCUGAUACAAAACCAUGCAAAGAUCCAGGAACGCGGAUUGUACUUUGGAUUGCAGUUGAGCCACAACGAGCAAGCCUCGGUAGAGUGCCUGCUGGACAUUGUCCCGCUGAAAGUGAUUUGUAUCGGACUAGCGGACGGCACCGUACUUCUUUGGGAUUUGGUAGACCAUUCCAUCAUGCACCGGAUAGCGCCCCCGACAGACGAUUGCUCGGUGGUGGCUUUGAACUACAUCGAGCCCAGUGACGAUCCGAAGGCGUGUCUGUACCUGUGGAUCUUCUAUGCGCAUCCCGAGGGUGCCUUCGCUUUCCUGCACAUGAUCAUGUGUGAGGAAAAGUACAGCCAACAGGGCACGUUCGUGUACGAUCAGUUUCUUUCGUGUUCUUCGCGGCUCACCCUUACCACCUACGAUCCGGGCAGUGUGCCACUGAAUGUGCAAACCGUCACGAAGAAGGUAUUCCAGGAGGAUGAACCGAUCACGCUGAGCGUGCUGAGCUGGCUGGGCUCGAACGGAACGACAACGGUGCUGGUGUUUGACUUGAACCAAUGGUACAAGGCAGAGAUGCCGUACGAAUGCGACUGGCAGCAGGAACUGACCCACACGGUGGUGUUUCACCUGAAGGGGGAAAGUUUUCAUGCCCGGCUGAACGAACGAUCGUUGGUGCUGUUUCGGUCGAUCCAGCGCCCGGAGGAACAUUUUUAUCCCAGCUCGUUGGCAUUCGAUAUUAUGAACUUCAAUGGUAUCAACUGCAACACGUACCGCUGGAUCGGAUUGCAGAACAAGCUGCUUCAGUAUCUCGAGCAGGACGGGGCAAACAGCGUCAUUCACCCAGCGGGACUGUACGGAAUGCUUUGUCGGGCCGCGCUGUUGCCUCAGUUUCACGAACCCAUAUCGCCCUCCGAUGGCGUUGCGAAGGAACAGCGAGAGUUUGUGCUAUCGCUAGCGCUGGAAUACAACUGUCACAUGUUUCUGCAGAGCUGCAUCGAUCUGUGGGCCGACGGAAGCCAUCUCGGGGCGGAACCCGAGCAGGGUGUGUCCCUUUCGACGAUAACGGACUGGAUUUGGAAUCGAUCGAAGGCGCUGAAAUCGGUGUGCAAUCGUAUGCUCGCGACGCUUAUGACCGAUCAGGCCGGAAGACGUGUCGAUGCACGAACGCAGGAUGCACUUUCGCACUGCACGCGGCAAAUGAAGCAGCUGGCGGAGCUGUAUCGAAGGAUCAUGUCCGAUUGUUUGGAGUUUAUACCGGAAAAUGUUCAGGGUCGUCUGGCGAAAGAAUCGGCCUCGAUUACGGCGGCUGCCGAGUAUCAGGACGUUCUUCAGUGGCUGCUCCAUGUGGGCAUUUUGCCAGAGGCGAACCAAUCCGACGACGAGCAGGACAGCGACAGUUUGCUGUUGGUGCCGUAUCCCUACACACGGCUGUUGGAGUUUUACCGCAAGAGACGACACUUGCUGGACGAGCAGAAGAGUAAAGCCGUUCCUGACUUAUCGACGUCCGGCAAGCUGCUCUUCAUCGAUAACUACCUCCAGCGUGAAUUUGACGUGGAGACGGUUUGGAAGGCGUGGCACGAAGACACUCCCGUCAACGGUCAGGCACUCUAUCCGCCGUGCUCGUUGCAGAAAGCGUUGCGCAUUUUGCUCAUUCCUGACGUGGUGCUGGAGCGGAAGCUCGUGCUGUUGCUGUAUCUGUUUAUGGACGUCGUAGCAGCGGUAGAGGACGAACGAUUUGAAAAUGUCGUGCGUCAGCUGGAGAAAUUUCCACGUGUAUUCAACGUGAAAAUUGGCACGCUGGAACGUGUGCGUGCCUUUUGGCACCUGGAUCAUGGAAAUGUAUCGGAAACGGUAAACGAAUUUCUCUCGCCUCUAUCGAUUACGAUCGAAUUUCCACAAUGGCACCGUGAGCUGAUGGUGUCGGUUCUGCUGCGCCUGGAAGCUCCGAACCUCGCGCUGAAAGUGCUCCGAGCUCCCGGAUGUCCGGUUUCGCCGCAGCUAGAGCUGACGACGCUGGUUCAGAACAAUCUCAUCUCGGAAGCAUUCAGCUUGCAGCGCCGCACACCGCAACCGGACGGUCGCCAGCUAGUCUGGUUCAUCGAAGCCAUACUGAUGGCCGGCACACCGGAAACGCUGCUAGAGUUCGCUCUCAACGACGAGGAAAAGCAUGUGCUCCGCAGCUACCUGCGCGACUGUCCGCUGGAAACGAGCGACAGCUUGCUGUUGGGUCAUCUGUUGCAAAACUUUGAAUUUGUCGAAGCGGUCCAGUUCGUGGAUCGGCUCGGCCGGAAGCGUAACGUGGAGGUUCAAAAGGAAAUUCUCGGCCUUUAUCACAACGCACUCGAUCCCAUGAGCCAACAGCUGGCGUAUCUCACGUACCAACACCCGGCUGAGCUGGAACCGAAAGGAACAAACGCGGCCAGCCCAAACUCGCCGGCGGAUGCGCUGGAAACGUUAAGUUCGCGGCUCAUUCGUCAGCGAGCGGAUUUCCGUGUGCGCGUGCUGCACCAAUCGGUGGCGGCCGUUAAGGAAGCCGCUAUCAAGACGGGUCUCCAGCACGACCGACCGUUCUUGGACAAACCGAGUCUCGGAGUGUUUCAAUGCCGUCCAACGGUGCGCAGUUUCAACGUUUGCUAUCCGGUGCGGUUGGAUCCGUCCAUGAAGAAACGGCGUCAGCGGGAUUGGGACGUGUCGGACGAGGAUCUAGCGAUGGGUCGUAAGCCGCCAGUUCCGCUGCUGAAUGAAGAGGACGGAUUUGGAAAUCCGCGGAAGAAACGGUACCUGGGACCAUCGGACCGUGACAUCAGCGUCCCAUCGAAUGAAGGCACAGGAAGGCGAAGGAAGUUUGCCGACUUUGAGUUUCCCGUGCCAGUAAUUCCCGAGUUUCGCCCAAUGAAACCAAAGUUCAACUUUACCGCGGCAAACUCAACCCUGAUAUCCAGCAUGGAACGGGCGACUCACUCCGAAAAGUCAACCAGCCAUUCACCAAGCAUUUUCCUGACGACGCCACCGUUUGCGAAGAAACAACCACUGCAACGCGAUCCGCAGAAUCGUUCUGGUUCGGCUGAUGGCGAUGAAGCGCACGACGAUUCCUACACACCUCCGGGCAUUUUAAAGUCGACUCAAUCGCUGCAGGGUCGUAACAGCUCUCCGAUCGCAGCGCAUGAUCGUAUCGCAGCCGAUGGUGAGGAAAAGGUGCUGCGCUUUGAUUUGCCGCCCGGUUCGACUACGCUCGAGGAUUCCUGCUUGGUUGACGACACCAAAGAGCUGCCGAAUGAGGAGGAGACAGUUGCAGCAGCGGCUGGUACCGCCUCCCAUUUGGCCACUCCCGUGCUGCGCCACGAUCUUGAUCUAUCGGGUAUCUCGAAUGAUGAUUUCUACUCACCGGAAGUGACGAUGGAGCAGAACAGUUUGCAGCAAGUGCUUGCAUCGGGAGGACCGUUCGGACGUCGAUCGAUUCAUAAUUCCCGAUCGGGCACACCGGUCACUGGGGUGCUGCCUGGAGAGGGAGGCAAUAACAUUGCAAUCAUCAUCGAAGAUCACUACGAGGAGGAUGAUGAGCAACGUGCAAAAGAACAGCAACAGGAUGAGGAGAUGGAAAUGGAAGUGGACGAAGGAGACGUACCACCGUCGAGUGAGCAUGUGUUCGUGAUCGAGGACAGCGAUGGAGAGCAGGUGAACGAAAGCCAUCCGGAACGACCGGCGGCGGUUAGUGACGAAGGUGAUGAAAUUGUGAUCCUUGAUGAGGAAUCGUUUAAUCAACGGGGACCAUUAGCUGCUGAAGAGAACGAAAGUAAGAAGCAAGGUGCAAUUGUGGUUGUAAGGCACGAAGAACACGUCAUGGAACAAGAAGCUUCCGCAGAUAUCACAGGAUCGGUACAUGAAGAGGAGGAAGAAGAGCAGGACGAGGAGCAGGACGAGGAGCAGGACGGGGAGCAGGACGAGGAAGAACAGGAACAUGAAGAGGACGACGCAAGUGGAGAGGAAGCUGUUGAUGAAGAAGAUGCUUAUGAAGAAUCGCUAGAGGAGGAGGAGGAAGAGGAGAACGGUAGUCAAGAAGCUGUUGAUGAGGAUAGCGUGCUGGAGGUGAUCGAUCUCAGCGAUGAGGAAAAACCGGCCGAAGCGAACCCCGAGGACAACGAUGAUGAUCCGGAAGAGUAUGUGUUCAGCAGCACGUCACAGUCUUCCUCCACGUCGUCGUCCGACGGUCACGAUGGCGACGGUAUGCAGCCACCCGGUGCAGUGCCGUUGAAUGUAGCGGUUGCCGAGAGUGCGUCGGAUAAUUUAGACGCAGCCGAAGGUAGUCCGCCAGGUUGGCAUUACGAGCAAUCGCACCCAGACAUAAAUGUGGACAAUUUGUACGAUGACAUCAUUGAGCUGGAGCAGGUGGGUGAACCGCCGCAAGAACAAUCGCUUGCGAGCACCGCUCCGGAUGAUGCGAUGGGUUACAUUCAGGUACCUACCACAUCUUCGUCGACCCAUCGCACCGAAGCGGAGGGGCUGGCCACGUCCGGCGGUGAUGGUGGAGAAGCCGAAUCGUCCGAGGUGGAGGAUCUGUCUGUGCCUCAGCAAGAGACAGACGGGGUGGAGGAUGGAGUUGCCGCACGGGAUCUUUCUGUUGCAGCGGCCGCUGACCAGUGGCCAGAUAAUGUGGCUAGCUCUAGCUCGAGUCUCUCUGCCGCUGGCCCGUCCUUGAAUGCAUCUGCACCAGUGACGAGUGCGGCGCCCAGUGCAACGACCACAGCUUCUCCGCAAACAACCCCAACACAGGAGAAAGUGUUUGGCCAACCGAAGAAUGCGCAUGAGCUGGAAGUUCCGGCAAUGAAUCUGUCGGUCAAACCGGAUGAAGCGCACGGUUCCAGUCGCAAGAACAGCAAGGGCGAAGAGAACGGCCUCACGGAAGAUGCCCGGGCGCUGAAUCUAUCUGCCGGACAGCAAGAGCUGGCCGAACAGGGCUUAAUCGACGCAGACGAUGGAAAUGUGAGUAGCAAUCAGGAGGAGGAAAAUGAGAAAGCGGUACGGGAGGAAGCACAAUCAUCGGACGAGACAAGGGCAGAAGAUCACGAAGAGCUGGAAGCUGAGCUGCGUGUGUCGGAUGAUGAGGCGUCAAGUGAAAAGCCUGCCGAAGAAAGCGUACAAGAAACGAAAUCUACGGACCAGGGAAGUAAGGAAGAACCGGGAGCGGAGGUCACAGACUCCCCGAAACAAGCAUCAAAAGGCGCUUUCAUGCACCACGAUGACGCGGAAGCAUCAACCUCAACUCCACGCACCAACGUAAAAACACGUCUAAUGGCAGCGUUGGAAAAAUCGGCCACCACCGUCGAACAACCACACACACCGUCAAGGCGGCGUGGUAUGCGUGCAUCGUCGGUGCUGGCCGAAACGACAACCACCCCGCUAUCGCCGAUGCUGUCCCGCAGUCGACGCUUUACAUCGGCCGACAACUUGGCCGGCAGCACACCGGAACCAACGCAACCGCUCACUCCGCGCCGUUCGACGCGUGCAGCCUCGUUGGUGAAGGAACUGUUUACUGGCAGCGGCGCUACACCCCAGAAACGAGCGCGUCGAACUUCGCAAGCAUCCAUUGAACCGGAGCAGGGGGAAACCAUCGUAAACCGGUCGCACGAUUCCGUGGAAGAACCACGGGAACCUUCGGAACGCUCGUUUGCCAGCUCCACCGCCAGCAGCACACGGCGCAGUAUGCGUUUGAAAAAAUCCUCUCAAAUGCCACAAACCCACGAACCGACGACGACUGGUCCAUCGGAUGGUCAAGCGGCGGCGGGACCACUGCUGGCCGAGUACUCCACCAAUCGGCGCCUAACCCGGCACCAGCUAGCAGUGAUGGAAAAGUCGAUGGGAGGAAUGAUUGGAUCGGACAGAAGCGCAGCAGCACCACCACCACCGCCGCGCCGAGUGUCGGUGGAUCGUCGGAGUCACGAUGUGACCGAGACGGGCGGCGGUGACAGUGAGUCAGAGUCGAUCGUAUCGAACGUUAGCAAUCAGUCGUCGGUACGUACGACCCGAUCACGCGCUAGUCGCACCACGACCACACGCUCCAAACGCGGCAGCAGCCGGAAGCGGAACGAGCCGGACGAGGAGCAACAGGCCGGCGAUUCCGAUUCCGACCAAUCGCUGGUGUAUGCGAGCAGUCAGCGUUCCGCGGUGGGUUUGGAACCGAUUGCGGAAGAAGGUGAAUCUAAUCCUUCCACCACACGGACACGUCGUGGCCGGCUAGCUAAAAAUGCAAAGUAGUGUACGACACAGCAUCAGGAAGCAUCGUCGGGCAUCCGGUGGUAGGCGCUUUGCAAGUGUGUGUGUAAGUUAUUGGGGUGUAUUUUGUUGAUUCUAGAAUAAACGGUGUUUUUCUUUCAUACUCGUACCGUAA